AUGGCAACUAUUGAAUCGAAAAUUGAAUCUAAAAAAAGGGAAUUAGAGUCAUUGAAACGUAUAGCUGACUUGACGGAGACCAUGAAGUCCCAAUUAUUUAUACUAAGUGAACAAAUAAAACAGAUUGAAACAGAUGGUUCUCGUGUGGCUGACAUCAUGCGUAUAUGGGAUUUAGUAACACAAUCUAUUUCAGCCGCUGGUUUAGGGUUAUUACGAUACGGAGAAGAUAAUUAUAAGGUUGGGGAUUGGAAAGAAGAAAAUAAUAACAAAUCUCCAAAUCAGUUAGAAAAUCAAGCUAUGCCAUUACCUGAGGGUCUUGUAAGAGUGAGUGCUUCCAAAGAGGAACCAUACACACUGUAA